AUGAGCGGGUAUACUGUUAUAAUAGUACUAGUGGUGGUGGUGGCUAUUUCAUGCUUGACUUGGGUAUUUGCUCCCAAGGAGAACACAACUGUGUUCAGAUCAUCAGUGAUAUUGGGACUAGCUAUGUGUUACUUGAUGUGGGCUAUUACAUACUUGGCUCAAUUGCACCCUCUAGAAGCGCCCAGAAGAUCAGAUUUGAGACCAGAGUUUGCAGAAUAA